UCUCUCUGGGUUCUACAAAAAGCUAGCUUUUCCCCCUCAUCCUACAAGAAAAACCAGUAGAAAAAUGAAAGGAUAUGACUAUGAAGAGCUUGUAAAGGCGACGGAGAGCUUCUCCGCCGCGAGACUCAUCGGCAGAGGAAGCGACGGAUCAGUCUACAAAGCCACUCUCAAAGACAGCAAACUCGUCGCCAUAAAGAAGCCGUCUCACGACAAGUCAAAACUCGACAACGAAAUACUCGUAUUAUCGUCUCUGCGAGAAAACCCACACGUCAUCCGCCGUCUCGGAACGAGUCACGACUCCUCGACCAACAACGACGUUAAACUCCUCGUCAUGGAACUCAUGCCCAACGGCUCUCUCCACGACUUGCUUCACGUUUCCGCCGCACCGCCGACGUGGCCCAAACGCAUGCAAAUCGCCAUGCAAAUCGCCCGGGCGGUCCAGUUUCUUCACGAGGGGAAGCCUUCGGUCAUCCACAGGGAUAUCAAGUCCGCAAACAUUUUGUUCGAUUCAAACUGGAAUGCGAAGCUGGCAGAUUUCGGACUCGCUGUUCUUCUCCGAUUCGACUCGCCUAGACUGCCUAGUCAACCCGCCGGCACUAUCGGGUACUUGGAUCCUUGUUACACCACGCCCGACAAACUCAGCACCAGAAACGACGUGUUCAGCUUCGGAGUCGUGUUGUUGGAGCUUAUCAGCGGGAGGAAAGCCAUCGAUAUUUGCAGGGCUCCGGCUUCCAUCGUGGAGUGGGCAACACCAUUGAUCGAAGAGCAACGCGUGUCAGAAAUUCUCGACGCGAGGAUCUCGUUUCCCAGUUCUUACAUGGAGGCCACGAUACUACAGAUGCUAUGUAUAGCAGCGCGCUGCGUGUCGUCGAACGAAGAGGUUCGUCCUUCAAUCGGAGAAAUCGUGGAAAAUCUUGUCGUCCAGCGGCUUAGAUUUCCCAUCUGGACGAGCCUUUUGCGGACCGUAAUCCUCCUGAGGAGGCCGCGGAAGUUGGCGAGCCGGUGGCAGCAGACGAGAUGUGCCGCAGAUCAAGGUGACUUUCCUUCUCGUGUUUCAAGUGGUGGGCUAUUAUUAAAGGAGGUUUUGGGAGAUUUGUCUGAGUAGAAUCGGUGAACUCGGUCAAAAGUUGUAUAUUAUUACGAGAUAAAUUAAAUGCAAAAAUCAGUCAUUAAUUAGGUUGGACUAAAUUAAAAACGGCCCUCCUCUAAUGGGGGGUGACAAGUCUUAUUGGUCUGUCGGUGUUGACAUGAUACAUUAAUAACAGACUUCAUCAAGUGUUUUAAUAAAUUUUGAGUGCAUGAAUUAAAUUAUUA